CCUAUUUUAUUUUGAAUUCUGGGACCGUUUUAUUUCUCUCUCUCUCUCUCUAAACAAACAAUUCAAGCACUCAUUAACACCAAAUGCAGUGAACUGAAGUAGAUGAUUAUUGCUAUUUUUGAGCUGUAUUAGUAUAUAAUUAUUACUUUUUGAGCUGUGUUAGUGGAUGAUUAUUGCUUUUGAACCUGCGUGAAUUGAAGUGAAGACUCGAAAAUUUGGUUUAGAAUCUGUAAAUGAGUGUCGAGCCGAUCGGGUGACGUUUGAGCAUUUCAUUUGCUGGAGAAGCUCGUCGAGCUGAGAUCGCAUUUGACUUCACCCUGGAUCUGGCAGUGCCUACCGUUCUAUAGGGUGCCAUAUCAUGAUAUGGAGAAAACAUUUCUGGAGAAUAUUGCCACGUGUAGGAAUUGGCUUAUGCAGAUUAUCUUGUUUUUCAAGUGAAUAUGGAAAGUGAUAGGAUUACGAACACUCCUGCAGAAGGUUCUGGAGAUGGUCUACAAGGAGCUCGACCUUCGCAUGGGAGAAAAAAGUGGUCCCACAAGGCGUUCGACAAAAGGGCAAUGGACAGCAGAAGAGGAUGAAAUUUUACGGAUGGCUGUUCAACGCUUCAAAGGAAAAAACUGGAAAAAGAUAGCCGAGUGUUUCAAGGAUCGAGCAGAUGUACAGUGCUUACACAGAUGGCAAAAGGUUUUGAAUCCAGAACUUGUCAAAGGUCCAUGGUCAAAAGAGACAAAGGGGAAGGAAUUCGUGAUGCCAAAGUUUGAUAAAAUUCUCAGAGGGUGCACGGCGAGGAGAGUGUUGGUGCUUGCGGAGAGUUUGGUGGAGGAAGGAAGACUUCGAGGGAUACGGCUACGCGAUGUGACCGUGGAAGAAGGGAAGGAAGCUGAUGAAAUGAUGCUCAUCGGUAGUGGAGUUCUCGUUCGCGCAGUCGUGCAAUGGGAUGAUCAAGUCAUUGGUGAUGGCAAUGAAGGUCCGGUGGCUCGGUCUCUUCGGAAUCUCAUUUUGGAGGACAUGAAAUUGGGUCCGGCCACAGUUAGGGUUGCCGUUCCUUAUUGACCCGAUUUCGGUCUUUCUUAGUUGCCGAUUCGCUCGUGAAGUUGUAGGAAUGUGAAUCGUCUUCGAUCACACAAAAAUUUGUUGGAUUUGUAUCUUGUAUGUUGCCGAACGAUGUUUGUGAAUUUUUUUAUUGUCGAUACAUUUCACUUGUAUAUAAUUGUCUCGUUCGUUUGGUUG